ACUAUGCUUUUCUCCUGUCUCCCUCCAUCACCUCUCAUCGCACCCAUCCACCAUCUCGAGUUCAGCACCUGGAGCUCUUCCUCAGUUAUGGCGUCCCCAUUUGCAGGAUGAGACAUUCUGGUGCUAGACGGACUUGACCGCUCUUAUUUAUUGCUAACGUCGAGGCUUCAGCUUUCUAAAGCGGCGAUUUUCUCAUCCUCGACGGAUGGAGGAGUCGGCUUUUUAGGUGUUUCAUCUCAGUGUGUGGACCCCGCAUUCGCUUUUGAUUUCGACAAGUCCGGUCCGGAGUGCUUAGGAUAUGUCGAUCCCCUGGAGACCGCCUUAUACUCCAAUCACAACGUCUUCGUUAUUCCAUUCGCCUCCUGAUUUAAUCGACAAUAAGCUAUAUCUGGGAAACCUGAAUUCAGCCUCCGACAAGGAAUUGCUGGAUGGCCUUGGCAUAAAGAGCAUUCUAACAAUCGCCUCCAACGUUGGCCCUCCUAAGUUCCCUGGCGCAUUCAAGUACACGGAGGUCUCCAUUAUAGACUCGUCUCACGUGAACAUUAUUGAACACUUCGAGAUAUGCUUCAGAGCCAUUGACGAUGGAAUCAGAUCAGGCGGCAUCCUUGUUCAUUGUGUCGCAGGUAUGUCAAGAAGUGCGACAGUGGUCAUAGCAUAUCUAAUGGCGAGGAAAGGCCUCAGUUUUCAAGAAGCAUUUGCACACGUCAAGAAGUGCAGACCAAUUGCACAACCUAAUUAUGGCUUCAUGCGACAGCUAGAGAAGUUCGAAGCCUAUCUUCGUUCGGAGAGGGCCAAGGCUGUACCAUCCAAGGCUUGACUCAUCUCCUUCUCGUGGAUCUUUAACUCCACCUUGUCCUUGCUGCUACAUACAGCACUUCCCUAAGUGAAUGCAUA